AUGCGGACGCGAUUCAAGUAUUACAAGCGUAUGGAUUCGAUAUUGGCCAGCGGAGAUAUCAACGAAUACGUCAAGAGCUUGGAUUGUCUAAAUCAAUAUCGCCAGACAGCGCGAAGGAGCAAUAGUGGAAAGACCAAAGAGCGAUUUGUCGCUUCCCACCGCAUUAUUGAUCAUGCUAUGCAAGAUACAGACUAUCUCAUGCACAUGCUUCCAAUUGACUCCGUCCACCCAGUCCUGAGCUGUGCGUUCAACCCGGAUGUUCUAUCGUCAUGGGAUGACUUUCCAGCCUUUGAGUGCGAUCCGAGUCAUUUUGCAACUGGUGGGCCUGCACCCAGCUACGACAAAGAGCGUCAAACUUCGCCCACAGGCCAAGAGAAAUCUGGCGGGGCAACAUCUCAUGAGGAUCGCGUACCAUUCGCCUGGAGUCCAUCUGCCAGACGCCUUGCAGAACCCGCAGAGACUUGCUACGCCACCUAUGAGAAAUUAAAGUCAGGUCUCAUGCAAGAGCUCAGAGUUGAGGAUCAUCUAGUACUUGCCCCUUUGCGAUCCUUUCCCGAUCCAGCUGUUGUUAAUAUCUUCACCUCGAGGUUUACGAAAUGUUUUCUGCCUCAAGCUCCGGCCACCCAUGUGCCCACCUUCAAUUUCAAUGCAGAGCUACCACAGCAUCUGCUUGUGACCAUCAUUUCCAUUGGUGUUACUUACUGUCGGAGAAAAAACGCAAAGCACCUUGCUACCGUCCUACAGGAUCGGGCGCGAUGUCGACUACAGCUCAGCAUUGAAGCAGAUAACACAAUGUUGAGAUCUCCGCAUACCGUCUACGCAGCGGCUUUGAUCUGCUACGCCGGGAUUUGGUGUGGCAACAAGCGCGCUCACGAACUUGCAGAAGCAAUGCGAAGUAGCGUUGUGACAUGGCUCCGGUGGAUAGCUGUUACUACUGAGCGCAUCGAGGACGACGGACUCCUCGAUGCAUGUCAUUCGUGGGCUCAAGAAGACAGUUGUGAGGUGGAGGGAGUGUUUCCUGUGGUUUUGAAAGGGGAGUGGAGCCUAGGAGAUGAGGCGGGGAAUUCGGACAAGUGGGUGGAUGUCGAAACGAGGGCUGAAGGGGAGUGUGUUGAGGUGAGGAUUUGGGUGGAUGUUCAUCCUUGGCUUGGGGCUGCGGAGAAUAAUUAUGUUGCUGUGUAUCGUGAUCUUCCUGUUGUUGACGCGGAAGGUCGGAAACUGGACAGAAACAGCUGUCGGGACAAAGAAGUUGGCGUGUACCAUGGAUGGCGUACCACGCCACGAGGACGAAUUGACAUAGAGUGGACAUUCAAUGAGAACGAUGGCACCGGCAACGAGAUAUGCACUUCGCCUCCGGAGAGCCAGGGUGCUGGAUGGCGAAGAAGCCAGCGAAGCGAAAGUCGAAUGCGGAAUGUUGACACGGCGGCCGAUAGAGACGUGAGGAGGGGACUUCCUGACCAUGCGUCUUAUGAUAGAGGUUGGUUACCUGCAUUUUGGGGACGCACACAGGAGGGCAAGCACAUGGGCUCCAUUGGGCAUCAUUUGGUCAUCAUUGGGCUCCAUUCGAAGCUCAACUUCUGUGAGCCAGCAGAGUGUAUAGCAAGUCAUGAAGUCGAUGACUGGUACGACACGCAUCAUGAUGCCCGGAACUUUGUCGUUUCGGUAGUUGACUUGGCCAAGUCUGGAUAG